AUGUGGGCGGGAGCCGCGCGCGCUUCCUGCGAGUGGCCGGGACUCCGGGAUUGCGACCCGCUGGCUCUGGGCUCGGCGCUGGACGCUCGGGCCAGGUUGCGCGCCGGGUUGCGGCCUGGGGCCCCCAUCCUAGAGGGCGAAGGGAGGAGGAGCCCCCACCUGAGCCGCGGAAAGGGAGGACGAGGGGCCAGGAGCCGAGGGGGUGCGGGCAGCGGGGCGGGUCUCUCCGGGGACCUUCGGCCGCCCGGUGGCUGCGGGUCCUCUGAUAUAAUCAUAUUCCAUACACUUCAUCUACCUAAAGUGUACAACCUACUGAUUUUUAGAAUAUUUACAGGUGUGGAGAGUCGCCAUGGCCAGCUAUCCAUAUGGGCAGGUGGUAUCCCACCCAAUGUGGAUCCUGAGGCCUACUCCUGGUUCCAUGCUGAGAGCCAUUGCCAAGUAGGUGUGUGGUGGCUCGUGAUUUUGUGCCCAGCCAGACUGCGGCAGUUCCAGUCAGUGGACUCAGGUCACAGUGGCUACAUCUCCAAGAAGGAGCUAAAGCAGGCCCUGGUCAACUCCAACUGGUCUUCAUUCAAUGUCAAGACAUGCCUCAUGAUGAUAAACAUGUUUGACAAGACCAAGUCAGGCCGCAUUGAUGUCUAUGGUUUCUCAGCGCUGUGGAAAUUCAUCCAGCAGUGGAAGAACCUCUUCCAGCAGUAUGACCGGGACCACUCAGGUUCCAUCAGCUACACAGAGCUGCAGCAAGCUCUGUCCCAAAUGGGCUACAACCUGAGCCCCCAGUUCACCCAGCUCCUGGUCUCCCGCUACUGCCCACGCUCUGCCAGUCCCACCAUGCAGCUCGACCGCUUCAUUCAGGUGUGCACCCAGAUGCAGGUGCUGACCGAGGCCUUCCGAGAGAAGGACACCACGGUGCAGGGCAACAUUCCGCUCAGCUUCGAGGACUUCGUCACCAUAACAGCUUCUCAGAUGCUAUGACCCAGCCUAUCUGUAGACAGUGGAGCACAUCAAGGGACCUUUCCUGGCUCCUUAGAGUGGGAGAAGCAUGUGGGCCUCUCUUCUUUUCUUUCCCCUCCUAAAAAAAUUCUCCCUAGCUUGAUGCAGCACUGUUCCCAAAGAGGGUUGAGGAUUCUGCAUCAGAGCCACCAAAUAAUGGAUCCCUGGACUGUGGCCAUACAGGUAGGAAGGAGCCUGACCUAGGAGAGGACUGGAAAUUGAGUGUCCUGACAGGCCUGAGCAAUCGGCUGUGCCUCUGGCCCUUAGCUUCCCCCUCUGUGCACUGACACCAGUGUUAAGUGUUCUUCAGCCUCUUACCAUUAGCAUCUGCCUUCCCUCAGCGGCUGUCCUGUCAGAUGAGCCCAGCUUCUCCAAAAUGGAAUUGACCAAGCUUGAGAGAGAUUUGCCUGUGGGACCAAUGGCUUGGAUUCCUGCUCAUUCACAUCCUCAAGUCCUUGUGUGUUAACUUCUAACUGGGGGCUGUCCCUGCUCAGGGAGCUGGGACAGUCUGCCCUCUGGGUAUCUCAGCCAGGCUACUGCCCUCCAAAGCUUGGAACCUUCAAUUGCCUGCCAUGCUCCGCUCUGCUUUAGUUCCUGGAGGACAGAUGUCACCUCCCACUGCCGAUGCUGUUGUUUUUGUUUGUUUGUUUGUUUGUUUUUGUUUUUUAAUGUGUGAGUUAUCAUAUGGGGCCAAAAGUC